AUUAAACUUUCAUCAGCUUUCAACAUUAUUUAUUAUUUCAUCAAUUCAUUGCUUUUAUUGGUUUUGAUUAUUGACUUUAUAGCUAUUUAACGCUAUUUUAUUUCCAUCAUGAUUUUAAUGCAAAUUGGAAUUAUUGCAUUGGUGACCUGCAUUCUAGAGUUCAGUGAUGCUCAAAAAAAGGUAAUAUUCUUGAUGCCUCGACAUGUGAAAAGAUCUCAUGGAACACCGUGGCGUCAAUUUAUUCGUCCACCUUUUUUAAAAGCAACACAAUUUCUUGACAAUGAAUUUUUACCAACGCAUCAUCCAAAACAAGUUCUUUUACCCGGUCAUCCUAGACCCAGAGGAAUGGUUCAGUUCAAUAAACAUGUACCACAUGGAGGUGAUGAUUUUGAUCAAGGUCAUGAAGAGGUCAAUCACGUUAUUAUACCCCAUGGAAAAGGAAUAACACAUGCAAUCUCAUUUGGAAAGGGAUACAUACCUCAUGAUGCUUUGAUGCACCAUGCAGGAUUUACCUCUUCAUCAGAUUCUCAUGAAUCUCCUGAUGAUUCUGUCAAUUAUAAUUCACUCACACCAGUCUACAUAACUCCUCAAAUGACUCAACAAGCUGACGUUUACUAUCAAAACAAUGAAGCUGAUCAAUAUCAUGAUGAAAUACAAGAUAGAAAAAUUGAUGAUCUUCAUGUGAAAUUUCUUAAAGCAAAAGCUAUUGCUGGAAUAAAUCCUCAAGUCUCUGGAAAGUUGAUUGUACAUCAGGAACAGCCGAAAUCUAAUGGAAAUAAAGCGUAUAUUUUAAGAGAUACAAUUAAUUUUGAUGAAUACAAUAAAAAAGUAGCUGAACUUACUAAAUCAUGGCCAACAUCAUCUGGAUCUCAGGGACCUGUGUUAUCGACUGGAAGUCUUGGAAUUAUUUCUGUAAAACCAGAAUCACUUUCACCACUUCCACAACUUCCUCAGAUUCCAAAGCAUACCCAGCAUAACAUUGGCGAUCACCCGGACACUUCGAAUAUCAUCACAUCGAUUAAUUUACAUCCUCCGCAAGGAUAUUCUGUUAAAGAAGAAAUUCAAGAUAUUCCACACGAUUUUAGAACAAUGCCCAUACAAACCAAUCCAGUUCGAUUGCCUACUUCGACAGGAUUGCAUGUCGUUCAUCCUUUCCAAAACCCUGUUAACCAAAUUUCUCCAGCAUCAACUGCUAUUCCUGGUUUUUAUGCAUUGUCCGGCUAUUCUGGACUCCUUCCAGGAUAAUUUGAAAAACUUUUAUUGUAUUUUAAAAUAUUGUAUUAAGUUUGAUUUAUUGCCAAAGGUCUUUUUAUUUUUUUUUCAAGUCAAUUGUAUGUCUGAUAGUAACUACAUUGUCCACUUUACUUUUUAGAUUUCAUGCAUGUUUUAUGUCUGUUAGUUUGGAAAGAAUUUACGUAGAAUAAUUAUAAUAAAUUACUGUUAGAAGUUGUUAAUUUAGGAAAUUAAAUACGUGAUAUAG